AUGGUGGUGUUUGGACCAGAUGACUCUCGGGUCCCUUCCAACCCUACAAAUCUACGGGUCUAUGAUGGCCUCUUCUCUGUGUUUCUCCUACACUCUCACAGCAAAUCCCGGACGUAUCAGGUUGUGGUAGGUGAAUAUGACAUGGAUGCGGAAGAAGGAAAUGAGCAGCGCAUUCCUGUGAACUCCGAUGACAUCUUUGUGCACCCCAAAUGGUUCUCCAUCUGUGCUGCUUGCGGCAACGACAUAGCCCUGAUGAAGCUGUCCCGCGCCGCCGAGCUGAGCAACACGGUGCAGCUGGGGUGCCUCCCCCCCGCAGGGGAAGUGUUGCCUAAUGAUUACCCCUGUUACAUCAGCGGCUGGGGACGGCUGUACACAAACGGCCCCCUUCCUUCCAAACUCCAGCAGGCCAUUCUUCCAGUGGUGGACAAUGAACACUGCAACCAGAAGGACUGGUGGGGAGGUGUCAUCCGGCAAAACAUGAUCUGCGCCGGAGGAGACAUCUGCGCCGGCUGCAAUGGCGACUCCGGCGGCCCCCUGAACUGCAAGGCCGCUGACGGGAGAUGGGAGGUCCAUGGCAUCGCCAGCUUUGUCUCCGCCUUGGGGUGCAACGCCCUGAAGAAACCCACCGUCUUCACCCGGGUCUCCGAUUUUGAGACUUGGAUCCAGGAAGUAAGCGGUUGCGAAGGAGACCCACCCGGUGGCUCCCAUGCUUGGAAGCGCAUUUCGGGACAGCGGGGUGACAAUAGAAAAUAA